CUCAGUCUUGACUCGACAGUCGUGUGACGAUAUUAAAAAAAAAUGUGUAAUAUGUGUACACGUGACGUCACCGUAGACCCUCCGGCCCCGCCUCCUGAGAAAGAGGUGAGGGGGCACCCGGAGACCAUAGAACGGAUGAAGAGAAAGCAUAACAUAACCGUAGACCCUUCAAAUGAGGAGAAGCAGAAAGAAGUGGAAUACCAGCCUGACCUUCUCGCCGUCUCGACACAGCUGACGAAGACAGUUCACGAUGUCUUCAAGAAAGGCAUGGCCCGCCUGCAGGAAACCAAAGCCUAUACGGUCCUCAGCCGCACCUGGCAGCCGGUGUACCUGGUGUUGGUGCUGGCGGUGUUCCUCGCCUACACGAGCAGGCCAGGUGCUAGUGGCAACGUGCGCGGAUGGCGGGCGUUAUACGUCGGCGCCGUCGCCACCCAUCUCGGCGCAGAGAUCUGGAUGACGCUCGUAUCCGGCAUAGUGCUGUACUUCAACCUGCCGCGACACGAGUUUGGGCGGGUGCAAACAGUGUUGUUCCCGGUAUAUUACGGGUUCAACUCUCUCGUCAGUUUGACCGCACUGCUCGCAUACUUCCGUUUGCAGUGCAUCACUAAGUUCCAGCACACCUCUUGGGUGCAGUUCGCGCUGCUGUCUGCGGUGUUCAGUAUAGAAGCGUACGUGCGCCUGCGCAUGGUAAAGCCCAUGCUCAGAGCCAAGCACGUCAAGACGCAGAUGGAAGAGGCCGCUGGUGGCGGGCAAGAGGUCGGUCGCCUAGUCCUAGGCGAGCUUGCACACUGUCCCCGCUACCUUCGCGUGCUCAAGACCUUCCGUUCCCUUCACUCCACCGUCGGUCUGGGCACCAUGAUCGCCAUGGGCUGCUCAUUCUACUCCACCCUCAUCGUGGUCGACUCCAUGUGCUUCUAACAUGGACGCGAGGAAACUAUAAUAACAGGAGAAAUAGGCAAUUUUGGAUAUGAUUGGUGAAGAGACGGCAAGUCUUUCAAAGGUUAUGGUAUCUUUGAGGUUGUAGAUGAUAUUUCACCAUGCUCAAAAGAUACAAAACAAAGAAUCAAGGGCAGACGCACACAUGCCUCCAUUUAUUGUAUUUCUCACAUGAAAAGAUGAAAUAAUCAAUCCUUUAAAAGGUGAGAAUGUUAGACUUGUGAGAAUUAUAAAUAAGAGUUUAGGAAAAAUGAGAACUGCUAGCAUUCUAUUCAUACCAGAUCUAUAGGGUAGGAUCAAUGUAAGAUAUAUUUUACCAAGCAAAAUAUUUAUUAACUUGAAUUAUUAUUAGAGAUUUGGCUUGUCACAUCAACACAAUAAGAAUAAUCUGACUCAACCUAGCAUUAUCCCGUUUUUCAGAGUCCGCUUACCUAACCAGAAAAUUUGACAGGUCCGGUUUUUUACAGGAAUGUUGCAAUAAGAAUGAUUCGAAAUAAAGUAAAAUUGAUUUUACCUUAUGUAGGACUUUAACAAUUGAUAGUAAUUGAAUUGAAUUAUCAGUCAAAUCAUUAGUUUCAUAAAGAUUAUGAGUGAUGUAAUUGAUUACUGAGUAAAUAUUUAACUACUUCUUUAUUGCCUCAAUACACUUGUAACUUGUAGUUGGUUAUAGAGACCUACAUAAUCUGUGACCUUUGGCGGCACAGUUGUUACCCUGACCAGGGUUAAUGAAGUCAAUCAUCGGUCUCACAACCCACACGAGAGAAUACCGACACCCCUUUGUUUCAUUUUUAAGAUAGAAAAUAAUCUAUCGACUUAAUAUCGACUGAUACAUCACUAGCUUAAUUCUUACCGCGCAUUGAGACAAUUGUAAAUUGUUAUCUUAUUGAAAUAUAACCUAUAAUUGUACUGAAGUAGUCUUUCUGUUUAAUACAUUGAAGGUUAGAAUUGAGGCAAUUAAUGAAGUAAAUGAAACGAAUUUAGGGGAAUUUCGUAGUGAGUAAGGGGAAGAUGGAUAAACUGAAUAAGAAACUAGGAUAUAUGCUAUUUAGACAAUAAUAAUGUAUUUAUUAAAAAAAUGCAUUAAUAUUUUAUUUGAUUAUGCAUUAUUAUAUACUCCACUUGGGCUGUGAAGUCUGCCAUUAUGAAGCGUGUUGGUAUAUUGUUAUGCAACUUACAUUCAUUAAAGUUAUCGCGGUUAGUUCUAACAGAGGAAAAUGAUGAAGAUGAUUUCUGACAUAACUAAAUUCACUCUAAUCUAGAAUAUAGCGUAUACAGAGUGUUAGUGACAUCGUAACGAAAACUUUAAGGGAUGAUUCAGACCAUGAUUCUGAGUUCAUAUCAAGUGGAAUUUUAAGUAUGGAACUGAAAAUAAUAAAAAUAACUUUAUACUAUUUUCCGACAGGACAUUCCACUUGAUAUCAACUCAGAAUCAUGUUCAGAAUCAUCUCCCUCAGGAUUGGUUACGAUGUCACUAACACCCUGUAUAGAUGCACUUAACACGUCUGACUAAGGGAAGAGGCACUGCGACCUAUUACCCUGCCAGUAUGAAAACAAAUUAAAAUAAAAAGUAUUACUUUUAAAUGUCUUGUGAAUGUCCAUAGCCGAGUGCUAUUUCCGUUAGCCAGACAACAUUAACGUUAUUAUAUUAAUGGUAUUGAAAGAUUGAAGAUAGUAAGGCGCACGCGCACGUAUCGUUUCCAAGAGAAACAAAAAGUUAGUUCCAAAAUUGUAUAGUGUAAUUUUAUUUAAAGUGCCCGCGACGACUUUGUAUUUGGACCUAGUGUAUAAUCACCCUCUCCGGUUGAUAGAGAGGAAGCCUGUGCCCAGCAGUGGGACACAUACAGGGUGUUAGUGACAUCGUAACGAAAACUUUGAGCGAUGGUUCAGACCAUGGUUCUGAGUUGAUAUCAAGUGGAAUUUCCUGUCGAAAAAUUCAUGAAAAUUGUAGUGUGUUUUCCACUUGAUAUUAACUCAGAAUCAUGGUCUGAAUCAUCCUCCUCAGUAUUCGUUACGAUGUCACUAUAUGCUGUAUAUGCUGUUUAAGUAUGUUAUGUAUAUUAUAAUUACAUACUAAUACACUGCUUUAUAGCGUGUCAUUAUUAUAAUUUUUGUCCAUAAAGCAGUUUAUAAGACAAUGCAGUCUGAUCGUCCGAAAGUAAGCCGUGCUAAGGGUCUUUUGCGACUGCGAUUAACCCUGGUAAAAUUGGCCAUUGAUUUUAUACAAGAAAAAACAAUAAAAUGAUGUAGGUCCAAUGUAUAAGGUCGCUCGUUUCUUUAGCACUAAAAGAUGCGGUUUUCUAAACGCAACUGAAGCUCACCAACUGCCUUCAGUUAAGUAGUUAUUAGGAAAUUGCAAUAUUAUUAAGUUACUGGCAUUUGUAUUCUUGCCAUUAGAUAGUAAAGUUACAAAGAAAAAGUUAACAGGAUCGUUGAAGUCAAGUCGACGUCUUCUGGGGGCUAAAACGACCACAUAGAAGCAAUUCAUCUGAAAAAGCAAUAUUGCAAUUUGAAAUGUGCGUGUAUAAAAGUAAGUGCGCAAUUUAAACAAAUGUCAAAUAGCAAUAUUGCUUUCUUAGAUGAAUUGCUUCGAUGUGGGCAUUCUAACCCCCCUGGUUUUUUUUAUACCAUGGUGUUAUUAAACUGUCAAUGCGAAACUGUGGCUAAAAAACCAUACUACCUAUCAAAAGUCCUAUCGAUACUAACGAUAUCAAAUUCUUGUUAUCGGUCAGCUAUCGAUAGACUAUUGAUUAAGUAUCGAUAAUCGAAUAUCGAUCGGCAACACUAGCCAAAGCUGCUUGAUGAUGAAUUACGCUUUCUGAUUUCCUGCAAUAGACAUGGCAAUAGAAUUACGAAUAUUUGUCAUAGGACAUGGGGGGUUAAAAAAGCCACAUCGAAGCAAUUCAUCUAAAAAAGUAACAUUGCAAUUUGACAUUUGCGCAUAUAAAAGUAAGUGCGCAAUGCAAAGAAAUCUUUCAUUUGAGAGAAAUAUUUAAUUUUAUAUGAAUUGCUUCGAUGUAGCCUUUUUAACCCCCCAGUUCAUCUUUAUAAUAAAGUAGACAGGGCACGAAAAUAGGUCUAUACUUUUCUCUCUUUUAGAAGAGCGUAGUGACAUAGACAUAGAGAGAGAAAAAAGACGGGCUCACGAAGAAAGUUUCGAGAAUUAACUGUCAAAAAUUUUAAAUGUCACCGAUCUUAGGGUUACUUUGCGUCAUUAUUAGUAUGUAUCUUAAAAUGCUUUUUACAAUAUUUGUAGAUUGUCAUCUCCAAAUCCAAACUGCCAUAAAAGUAACACUAACUUAACAUUAAGUAGAUUAGCUGACCAAUAAAUGGCAAUAAUCGUUAAUUAAUAUUUUGCAGGAAGUUUGUAAAUGCUUGUAAAUCGUAAUUUUAAUCGACUAGCUUACAAUUUUAUCGAUUAAGAUACAUCUUGAAUUUAUCAGUGUCAUUGUAGGGUCUAGUCAGAAAUAAAAAGUUUGACGAGUAAACUGGACACUUAUUUUUUUUUUGUUAAGUGAAUUCCAGAUUUAAAUCAAUCAGCAUAACGCCUUUACGGCAGAAACUAUUCUAAGCCUAUCGUUGUAUCUAAGCCUAUAAUUGUAAUAAUUUAACUGAAAACACAAUCUAAUAUUAUUUAUGUGAAUAAAUUAGUAAUAAUAAUAUAAAUUUUAGUAUUUUUUAUCUUCUUAAUGAUCUGGAAGUUAGUUUGUAAGAGUUUGUUAUUUAUUUGCAAUUAGGUGAAAAUAUUAAAAUAAAUAAAAUUAUGAUGAGUAUA